AUGUCACACCAAACUGGAAUUAACGCAACAUCGGAGCUGAAAGAGUUUCUGGCUCGAGCGAGGGGAGGUGCCAUCAGAAUAAUGAAGAUUGUCAUCAGAAAUGAGGAGUUGGUGUUAGAUUCAUACAGAGAGCCAGCACACAGCUGGGACAAGGAUUACGAUCAUUUCCUGCUUCCUCUGCUCACGCCUCAGGAACCCUGCUACAUCCUCUACCGUCUGGACUCCCAGAAUGCACAGGGAUACGAGUGGAUCUUCAUCGCCUGGUCUCCUGACCAAUCACCAGUGAGGCAGAAGAUGGUGUAUGCAGCAACGCGAGCCACUCUCAAGAAAGAGUUUGGAGGAGGUCACAUUAAAGAUGAAAUGUUUGGCACGGUCGAGGAUGACCUUUGCUUCCAGGGAUACUUGCGACACAUGUCCUCCUGCUGCUCCCCGGCUCCGCUCACAGCAGCCGAGCAGGAAUUACAACGAAUCAAAGUCACAGAGGAUAAAGUUAUGUGGGAUGAACGUAGACGAAUUGGGACUCCAACAGCUCGUGCGAGGGUUACAAUGGAGUUUGGCUUAGACAAAAGGGCACAGUCUCUUCAAGGUCUUGCAUUCCCGUUACAAGAAGAGGCCAAACGAGCUCUGCAGCAACUCAAGCAGAGACGCAUCAACUACAUACAGCUGAGGUUGGAUGUAGAGAAAGAGACCGUUGAGCUGGUUCACACCAAACCGACAGAGACCCAUGAGCUUCCCUACAGGAUUCCCACAGAUUCACCCAGAUACCACUUCUUCAUCUUCAAACAUUCCCACCAGGGCCAGCGGCAGGAGGCACUGGUGUUCAUAUAUUCGAUGCCCGGGUACACCUGUAGCAUCAAGGAACGGAUGCUAUACUCCAGCUGUAAGAACAGGCUACUGGACGAGGUCGAGAGAGACUACCAGCUGGAGGUCACCAAGAAGAUGGAGAUAGACAAUGGCGACGGCCUGACAGAAGACUUACUGUACGAGGAGGUGCACCCAAUAGAGCACACCUUAAAGCAGGCCUUUGCCAAACCCCGAGGACCAGGAGGAAAGAGGGGCAACAAACGCCUCAUCAAGGGUGCAGGGGAGAACGGGGAGUAA